AUGUUUAGCUUUGAACUUUCAGCUGAUCAAGAAGAGCGUCUGAACUCUAUCCUCGACAAAGGAAUUGAAUCUUUUAAUCAAUCUCCAGAGAAAUUUACAGAAAUACCUAUAUCUAACUCUUUUAUUUCUGACCAAAGCACCCAACAAAUAUUUAAAUCUGAUUUGGAGGGCAUGCAAGAUAAAAUUGCUAUUCUUGAAUCAAGAGUGCAAAAUUCCCAAACCCAUAAAAGAUCAAAAAGUUCUUCUCGUUAUCGGUCUGAAUCUCCAUCUGAAUUGAUUCUUCGAAGCAUCCAUAAAUCUGAAUUAGAAAUUGAAGAGAUGGAAAGGAGCAUUAUGUCGACUUCAAGCAGCUCAAAAGAUAUCCCAUUAACUAAAAAGUCUGAUAGCUUUAAAGCUGAACUGUUCUCUGAAAGGCAAAAAAACAUACAAAAAAGAAAGGAAAACGAACUUUUGAGAAAAAAAUUAAAUCAUAAGGAAGAUUUACAAAUGAAAUUUGCAAGGCUGCAAGAAGAUUAUAAUAUUUUGAUGCAGUCGUUUGAAAGAUCGGAAAAUAUUAGGCUCAAGCAAAAAGAGGUGAUAGAGCAGCUUAAAUUAGAAAUAGUCGAGUGCGAUGAAAAAAAUAUUGAGGAAACUCCGAAAUUCAAUGAUAAAAAACAUUUUAAAAGUGUCGGAAAAGAAGGGAUUAGGAAGAGUGUGAUCAAAAAAAUACGGUCAUAG